AUGGCUGAUAAAAAUGAUGUUAAUCCACCUCAUGUUAAAAAAGUAUGUACGGCUAAGCCGUAUGAUGAACUUUGUCCAGAAUGCCGGUGUAAAGUGCGAACUCGGCAAAAAUUUAUUACGGGUCGGCUCACAUGGAUUUUGGCUAUUAUUGGUUGUUUAUUUUUUAUUCCGCUAGCAGUUGUGCCGUUUGUUGUACGUCCAUGCAAAGACGUACUUCAUUUUUGUCCAAACUGCAAUGCGUUGUUUUCAGUUAGAAUUCGAUUUUAA